AUGCAGCUUAUACCACCAUUCAUUCUCAUGUUGUUGAUCCUUUCUUUGAGGAUAUCCAUAGCUGCUGCUCAGUGUAACACUGGAAAUGGUGGCUCUAAAUUUGCAUCUACCAUCGUCGUAGACAAGUAUGGUCAUGGAAACUUUAACUCGAUUCAAUCUGCCAUUAAUUCCAUUUCUCCAAACAAUGAUAAAUGGAUCAAAGUUCGCAUUAAUCCUGGUGUCUACUGGGAGAAGGUAAUUAUUCCAAAAACGAAGCCUUGUAUUGUACUUGAAGGACAAAGUCGGAGGGUCACAACCAUUACCUUUGACGCUCAUGAUAGAACAGAUACUAGUGCUACUUUCACCUCCAUGGCUGAUAAUAUUGUUGCAAAGGGCAUCACUUUUAAGAACUCGUAUAACCAUCAAUUGGUAGAAGGUAUAUCUAGCGGUGAACCAAUUCCCCGUGUAACACAGGCAGUGGCAGCAAGAAUUUUAGGUGAUAAGUCUGCAUUUUUUCAAUGUGGAUUUUUGGGGUUGCAAGAUACCCUAUGGGAUGCACUAGGCCGCCAUUACUUCAGCAUGUGCCAUAUAGAAGGGGCUGAUGAUUUUAUCUUUGGUAGUGGCCAAUCUUUCUAUGAGAAUUUUUCAAUAAAUGUUACUGCUGGUGCAUUUGCUUCACAAAUGCGUAUAGGUUAUAUAACAGCUCAGGGCCGAAAAUCAUCAGAUGAUCCUAGUGGAUUUGUGUUUAAAAAAGGAACAAUCGUUGGCACUGUGAAACCUUAUCUAGGAAGAGCCUAUGGUCCUUAUUCUAGAGUGAUAUUUCAUGAUACAGCAAUGUAUGCACAGGUGGUCCCUGAAGGGUGGUUUGCCUGGAAUUACCCUGGAAAAGAAGAAAAUUUUAUGUAUGCCGAGGUGAACUGUAUUGGACCGGGAUCUAACACUUCCAGACGUGUUCCAUGGGAAAAAAAGCUUAGUUUUUCCCAACUGAAGCAAUUUUCAAUAUCGUCUUUCAUAGACCAAGAUGGAUGGAUUGGCAGGUUGCCAUGAAAAAUCAGAAUUUGAUUGCAGUUAAAGAAAUUUCCAAUUUGUUUUAGAUUUUUCCUUCCAUUUUUGGUCCUUCAUAAUAAUUUAAUUAAACUACAUGCCAAUUCCUCAAUGCCAUUUGAAAGGGGCAUCUUAUUUCA